AUGGUAGCGUCUUCAUCGAAAACGGAGGCCAUGAUCGACAAGCUGCCGGCCGAGCUGACGAUCGACGUCAUGAGCUACCUGCGACCUCACGAUCUGACUCAGCUGGCGCGCGCUUCGAAGCGGUAUCGCGGGUUCGCGCAGUCGGCGCUCUGGACAAGCAUCGAGCUCCACCGCCAAGACGCCCACGAUAACUGCUUCACUCUUUCCCACAAGCAGCCUCCCAGAGCCUACCUGGACGACGACUUGCUACAUCCAUGGUGCUACCGCGAUUACAACGGGGUGGAUGCCGAAUACGAUACCAGAAACGAGCAGUUUCGUGCUGUCAUCAGGGAGAUGUAUGCGUCCAAUGGCAAAUCUGAAGCUUGGGAUAGGAUCAAGCCGGUCGUACGACACCUUUGCCUCACGGUAACGCAUGAGAGUCCGCCCCAGAUUUGGAACAUGAUACUGUCACUUCCUAAUCUCCGUACGAUUGAGGUCAUUGGCGAGUACUCCGAAGAUCGGAGAGGGCCGCCCACAGCUCUAGGCCUCCUCCGGAAACCGGCGGCAACCGAACCUGUUUGGUUCAAUGGAUUCCGCAAGAGACCCAAUGAUAUUGACUACGAAGCCCCUCAAAUGAAGCAAUGGGCGUCUCUGCUGCGAUCUAUUCGUCUCACCGCGGUAGAGAUCGUGCUGGAACACCGGAAAAUAUUCGUCGACCGCCAUGACGAGGUCGAUGAGCACAUCAAAGCGGAUGAAGACGUCAAAUGCCCCCCUGAUAUCCGAUUUCGUCAUCGGGUGGUGGAGCAAGCUUUCACCGAACCAUGGCCAAAUCUCAAGACCUUGACCUUCCGUGGCAUGAGCUCCGCUAAAGGCGACUACUGGCCUAAAGCAGGACCGGAUGAAUCCCUAAAAGACUAUUCAAGGAAGCUGUUACCAGGAGUUCAGGUGAACCAGAUCCUAGGCAACUACAUGUUCUUCGACUCUGAACGUGGAACAAUUCUUAACCAACAUGGUGCCGACGGACUGAAAGUGCACCUCGAUUUCGAUGGAAAAUACGGCCUCGAAGUUCUCUACUCUACAACAGUGACAAUUUAG